AUGGAUAUCAAUAGUGCCAGCAGCGUUGUUCUUCAGGUCUUGACCCAAGCCACCAGUCAAGAUACUGCUGUGCUGAAACCAGCGGAGGAACAACUGAAACAGUGGGAGACACAACCGGGUUUCUAUUCAGUAUUGUUGAAUAUUGUCACAAAUCACAGCUUGGAUGUAAAUGUGAGGUGGUUAGCUGUGCUGUACUUCAAAAAUGGAAUUGACCGCUAUUGGAGACGUGUGGCGCCACAUGCUCUUUCAGAAGAAGAGAAAUCUACAUUGCGUGCAGGGCUGAUUGCCAAUUUCAAUGAGCCAAUAAAUCAGAUUGCCACACAGAUUUCUGUUCUGAUUGCAAAAGUUGCUAGGCUGGAUUGUCCGAGGCAGUGGCCAGAACUUAUUCCAACCCUUGUAGAAUCUGUUAAAAUUCAGGAUGAUCUUCGCCAACAUAGAGCUUUACUUACUUUCUAUCAUGUCACAAAGACUUUGGCAUCUAAACGGCUUGCUGCAGAUAGAAAACUUUUCUAUGAUCUAGCUUCUGGAAUUUAUAGCUUUACCUGUUCCUUGUGGAAUCACCAUACAGAUACAUUCCUGCAACAGAUUUGUACUAGAGAUGAAACAGCUAUGUCUAAUUCAUUAGAAAGAACUCUGUUGUCCUUGAAAGUGCUUCGUAAAUUGACUGUUCAUGGGUUUGUGGAACCUCACCGGAACGUAGAGGUGAUGGGAUUCCUCCAUGCAGUAUUUGAGCGGCUAAAGCAAUUUUUGGAAUGUAGUAGAAGUAUAGAAGCAGAUCACGUCUGCAGAGAUAGACUGGAAAAGACUAUAAUUCUUUUCACUAAAGUGCUUUUAGACUUCUUGGACCAACAUCCUUUUUCAUUCAUCCCUCUAAUUCAGAGAUCAUUGGAAUUUGCUGUAAGCUAUGUUUUCACAGAGGCCGGUGAAGGAGUUGUGUUUGAGCGAUUUAUUGUCCAGUGCAUGAAUCUGAUUAAGAUGAUCGUCAAAAACUAUGCUUAUAAGCCAUCCAAAAAUAUGGAAGAGAGCAGCCCUGAAACUCUUGAAGCUCAUAAGAUAAAGGCAUCAUUCUUCACAUACCCAACAUUAACAGAGAUAUGCAGGCGGUUAGUCACACAGUAUUUCCUGUUAACCGAGGAAGAGUUAACAAUGUGGGAAGAGGACCCAGAAGGCUUUAUUGUGGAAGAGACAGGAGGAGAUUCUUGGAAAUACAGUAUUAGGCCAUGCACAGAAGUGCUCUUCAUUGAUAUUUUUCAUGAAUAUAAUCAGACUCUUACUCCAGUUCUUCUAGAAAUGGUUCACACUCUACAAGGUCCCACCAACAUGGAUAAUACUCAAACUCUGCUGAUUAAAGAUGCUGUGUAUAAUGCAGUUGGACUGGCAGCAUAUGAGCUAUUUGACAGUGUGGAUUUUGACCAUUGGUUUAAAAACCAGCUACUAGCAGAAUUGCAAGUCACUCAUAACAGGUAUAAACCAAUACGUCGGCGAGUGAUCUGGCUAAUUGGACAAUGGAUUUCUGUGAAAUUCAAGUCUGACUUGAGACCUAUGUUAUAUGAAGCGAUCUGUAAUUUGCUUCAGGACCAAGACUUAGUGGUUCGUAUUGAGACAGCUACAACUCUGAAACUUACUGUGGACGACUUUGAGUUUAGGACUGACCAGUUCUUACCAUAUCUAGAAUCUGUGUUUACCCUGCUCUUUCAGCUUCUUCAAGAGGUUAGAGAAUGUGACACAAAAAUGCAUGUGCUUCAUGUUCUCUCUUGUGUAAUUGAAAGAGUCAGUUUGCAGAUACGGCCGUAUGUAGGGUGUUUGGUUCAGUAUUUACCUCUUCUUUGGAAACAAAGUGAAGAACACAAUAUGUUGAGAUGUGCCAUCCUCACUACCCUAAUUCAUCUUGUCCAGGGCUUAGGAGCAGAUAGCAAGAAUCUUUAUCCUUUCCUGCUCCCGGUUAUUCAGCUAAGCACUGAUGUUUCCCAGCCCCCUCAUGUGUACCUUCUUGAAGACGGAUUAGAAUUGUGGCUAGUGACAUUAGAGAAUAGUCCUUGCCUUACCCAAGAGCUGCUGAGAAUUUUUCAGAACAUGUCUGCUCUUCUUGAAUUAAGUUCAGAAAACCUCAGAACCUGCUUUAAGAUCAUCAAUGGCUAUAUUUUUUUGUCUCCAACUGAAUUCCUUCAGGUCUAUGCAGCUGAACUCUGCAAAUCAUUUUGUGAGGUCUUAAAGGAUAUAACUACUGAGGGACAAGUUCAAGUUCUGAAGGUUGUAGAAAACGUCCUCAAAGUGAAUCCAGUGUUGGGCCCUGAAAUGUUUCAACCUCUUUUGCCAUCUGUAUUCCAUGGAAUUAUAAAUGGGGAGAGAUACCCAGUUGUAAUGUCUACUUACCUGGGAGUCAUUGGUAGAGUCUUGCUGCAAAAUAAAAGUUUUUUCUCAUUGCUUUUGAACCAGACGGCUUCUGAAUUUGGCCAAGAGCCGGACCAGCUCCUUGGUCACAUGAUUGAAAUGUGGGUUGACCGCAUGGAUAAUAUAACUCAGCCAGAGAGAAGGAAACUUUCAGCAUUGGCAUUACUUUCCCUUCUGCCAUCAGAUAAUAGUAUUAUCCAAGAUAAAUUUUGUGGUAUCAUAAACAUUUCAGUAGAAGGGUUGCAUGAUGUCAUGACUGAAGAUACAGAAACAAGAACGUUCAAAGAUUGCAUGCUGAUGUCUGUUUCUGAGGAGCCCAAAGUGACAGAAGAAGAAGAGCCUCCCACAGAGCAAGACAAAAGGAAAAAGAUGCUUGCACUAAAGGAUCCAGUACACUCUGUGUCGUUGCAACAAUUCGUAUAUGAGAAGCUAAAAGCACAACAGGAAUUGCUGGGAGAGCAAGGUUUUCAGGCACUCAUGGAAACUGUGGAUACAGAAAUCGUCACACAACUACAAGACUUCUUACAAGGAUUCUAAAUAAGCGCAGACAAGAUUUUUCUACAUCUCUUUCUUCACUUCAGCAUUUAAGAGCAAACUAGGCAGCCAAUCCAACUGCAAAGAAAAAAACAGCUUUAAAAAAAAGAGCUUCUGUUUGAUAUGAAGAAAGAGAGGCUAUGACACUGAUCAUUCUUUUUCAAAUUAAGGGAAGAUUGAAAUAAUAAAUAUAAACUCUCCUAAUUCACAUGAGAUGCUUGUUUCAAAAGACUGUAAUUUAUACAUGGAGUAAAGGAUUGCAGAAGAGAGAUUCUGUAAACGCAGGUGUUUCAUUUACUCUUAGUAGAAUGGUAAUGGGUUUGAACUUACGAUUAUGUGCUCUUAUCACUUAAGGAACAAUGUCUAGCUAUACUGCUUUUUCUGCAAGGGCAUCAGCUCACCUAAGCCUUACAAUAUUGUUUACUAUUAAAACUAAUAAAAUGCAAGGACUGGAAGUGUUAACAGUGGGAAAGGAUGUCAAGCAUGCAUCCUCCAUCAAGCAAUUUAAAUUGUACAAAUAUAGUGGUAUAAAUAGUUGAAAGCUUUCUUAAGGUUUCUUCUAUGGGGAGUUGAACACUAGUCUUUUGCAUGAAAAGAAAACUACUGAAGUCAUCCGGGUGUUUUAAAUUUGCUAUGUUGAUCCAUGCAGAAGGAAAGGGUUUAGUGAUUUUCUCUUGUAUUAGCUCUGCAAAAAUGCUUUUGAUUUCAAAUGUAGCACAUAGAUACAGUGAUGAGUUUCUCUAUGUGUGAGAUCCAAAUUGAUCCUUGAUCUUCUCCUCCUCCCAAGAUGGUGGGAGUGAAUGUAUUAUACACCCUGAAUGAAAAAAGGUGAUUGAAUAUAUAUUUUCUGUUGUAGAAAAGUGAACUUUUUAGGUGGUGAACAAUGAUGAGCCAAAGCUUACUAAUUUUAUAUAGUUCUGGAUUACUCUAGAACAAUGGUAAUGAUGAAUUCUAAAUAUUAGGUCUUCAUCUAGGAAAAUGAAGAUUACAGAUCAGGGAAAAUGAGUUGAGAUAGCUUUUGCGUUUCAAUGUUGUCAUAAAAGGUCAUUUCUGCCACUUCCUCCUACUCUAAUUCCCAGCCUUUAUCUCAUACCUCCUAUUUUAAGGAGAGCCUUUUUUUAUUUUUAGGCAAGACUUCUUAUGUCCACUGUCUUCUGAGGUAAGAAAUGUUUUUUUAAAAAAGAAACAAUUGACAGUAUACUAACCAAACGUUAGUGUAAUACUCGUGCAGAAAGCUGGAAAAUCUAUGUAACCAUGGGGAGCAAACAUCUCCUUGUAAACUGUAGAUUAUAAAGUGUUCUAGAAAAUAAAUUCUGAUUUUCUUCCCAGAGUACAAAACAGUAACAUGUCAAUUAAAUUUUCUAAAGAUAUCUCACUUCUGAUUUAUUCUGUAUGCUUC